GCUGUGGUCAGACAGCUGGUGGGGCUACUUGAGCCCCACUUGCUGUCCCUGCACAGAGCAGACACCAUGCUCAGGGGUGUGGGGCUGCUGCCUCUACUGUCACUGCUGGCGGCCUGGCAGGGCGCAGGGGCACGGAACCAGGAGGAGCGGCUGCUGGCGGACCUGAUGCGAGGCUACAACCCAGGGCUGAGACCGGCAUGGCGCGACUCAGACGUGGUCAACGUCAGCCUCAAGCUCACACUCACCAACCUCAUCUCCCUGAAUGAGCGCGAGGAGGCACUGACCACCAACGUCUGGAUAGAGAUGCAGUGGUGUGACUACCGCCUGCGCUGGGACCCGCAGGACUACGACGGACUAUGGGUGCUGAGGGUGCCGUCCACCAUGGUAUGGCGGCCCGACGUCGUGCUGGAGAACAACGUGGACGGCGUGUUCGAGGUGGCGCUCUAUUGCAACGUGCUGGUGUCCCCCGAUGGCUGUGUCUACUGGCUGCCCCCCGCCAUCUUCCGCUCUGCCUGCCCUGUCUCCGUCGCCUACUUCCCCUUCGACUGGCAGAACUGCUCCCUCGUCUUCCAGUCCCAGACCUACAGCACCAGUGAGAUCAACUUGCAGCUCAGCCAGGAAGACGGGCAGACCAUUGAGUGGAUUUUCAUCGACCCAGAGGCCUUCACGGAGAACGGGGAGUGGGCCAUCCGGCACCGGCCAGCCAAGACCCUUUUGGUGGAGGGGGCUUCGGAGGAGGAGGCAGGCCACCAGAAGGUGGUGUUCUACCUGUUGAUUCAGCGCAAGCCGCUCUUCUACGUCAUCAACCUCAUUGCGCCCUGCGUGCUCAUCUCCUCCGUGGCCAUCCUCAUCUACUUUCUCCCUGCCAAGGCGGGUGGCCAGAAGUGCACUGUCGCCAUCAACGUCCUGCUGGCCCAGACUGUCUUCCUCUUCCUCGUGGCCAAGAAGGUGCCUGAGACGUCCCAGGCGGUGCCACUCAUUAGCAAGUACCUGACCUUUCUCCUGGUGGUGACCAUCCUCAUUGUGGUGAAUGCUGUGGUCGUGCUCAACGUGUCCCUGCGGUCCCCGCAUACGCACUCCAUGGCCCGAGGCGUCUGCAAGGUGUUCCUGCAGUUCCUGCCGCAGCUGCUACGGAUGCAUGUCCGCCCACAGGCCCCUGCUGCUGUGCAGGCCACUCGGCCCCGGCUCCAGAAUGGCUCCUGUUCAGGGUGGGAGGUGCCCCCUGGGGAGGAGGUGACCCCCUGUCUGCCUCGCAGUGAGCUCCUCUUCCGUCAGCGGCAGCGCAACGGGCUGAUGAGGGCAGCGCUGGAGAAGCUCGAGAAAGGCCCGGAGCCAGGGCAGGCCCCCGAGCUGUGUGGCAGCCUAAAGCAGGCUGCCCCGGCCAUCCAGGCCUGCGUGGAUGCCUGCAACCUCAUCGCCCGAGCCCGGCAUCAGCAGAGCCGUUUUGACAGUGGGAAUGAGGAGUGGUUCCUGGUGGGUCGUGUGCUUGACCGAGUCUGCUUCUUGGCCAUGCUCUCGCUUUUCGUCUGCGGCACCGCCGGCAUCUUCCUCAUGGCUCACUACAACCGGGUGCCUGCCCUGCCGUUUCCAGGGGACCCCCGCCUCUACCUGCCCUCACUUGACUGAGCCACCCAACUACUGUUGCUGCAGUCCUGAGUGUGCUGAGAAGAGGCAUGGGAGGAAAGCUGGGGAGAUAAUAAAGACAGCUGGAAUUUC